CAGGUUAAUUAGAUAAGACCCAAAUUACAUGAGCAAAGCUUGCAAGCCCAGCAAUUUGAAGGUUAAAUGUUGUUUCAGAGGUGGGGAGGGCUUGAUCUCUAGCUCAGCAUAGAGAAAAUGACUUCUUGCUCCCAGGCAAGCCAAACCCACGAAUUAAGCUCUUGACUGCCCAUCCACAAGCCCCAGUGCCAAGCACAUAUAAAGGCACCUGCCAGUCCUCACUACAACUAGCAGAACCUUUUGGGAUUUUGCCUUCCUCCCUCCUGCAUCUGAGCUUUGUCUGCAACAGCAACAUGAGCCGCCAAUUCACCUGCAAGUCAGGAGCUGCCGCCAAGGGGGGCUUCAGUGGUUGCUCGGCCGUGCUCUCGGGGGGCAGCUCAUCCUCCUUCCGGGCAGGGAGCAAAGGGCUCAGUGGGAGCUUUGGCAGUCGGAGCCUCUACAGCCUGGGGGGAGCCCGGAGCAUCUCCCUCAAUGUGGCCAGUGGCAGCGGGAAGAGUGGAGGCUAUGGAUUUGGCCGGGGCCGGGCCAGCGGCUUUGCUGGCAGCAUGUUUGGCAGUGUGGCCCUGGGGCCUGUGUGCCCAACUGUAUGCCCACCUGGAGGCAUCCACCAGGUUACCGUCAAUGAGAGCCUCCUGGCCCCCCUCAACGUGGAGCUGGACCCCGAGAUCCAGAAAGUGCGUGCCCAGGAGCGAGAGCAGAUCAAGGCUCUGAACAACAAGUUCGCCUCCUUCAUCGACAAGGUCCGGUUCCUGGAGCAGCAGAAUCAGGUGCUGGAGACUAAGUGGGAGCUGCUGCAGCAGCUGGACCUGAACAACUGCAAGAACAACCUAGAGCCCAUUCUCGAGGGCUACAUCAGCAACCUGCGGAAGCAGCUGGAGACGCUGUCCGGGGACAGAGUGAGGCUGGACUCAGAGCUGAGGAAUGUGCGGGAUGUAGUGGAGGACUACAAGAAGAGGUAUGAGGAGGAAAUCAACAAGCGGACAGCAGCGGAGAACGAGUUUGUGCUGCUUAAGAAGGAUGUGGAUGCGGCUUACGCCAAUAAGGUGGAGCUUCAGGCCAAGGUGGAAUCCAUGGACCAGGAGAUCAAGUUCUUCAGGUGUCUCUUUGAAGCUGAAAUCACUCAGAUCCAGUCCCACAUCAGCGACAUGUCCGUUAUCCUGUCCAUGGACAACAACCGGAACCUGGACCUGGACAGCAUCAUCGACGAGGUGCGCGCCCAGUAUGAGGAGAUCGCCUUGAAGAGCAAGGCCGAGGCUGAGGCCCUGUACCAGACCAAGUUCCAGGAGCUGCAGCUGGCAGCUGGCCGGCAUGGGGACGACCUCAAAAACACCAAGAAUGAAAUCUCGGAGCUCACUCGGCUCAUCCAGAGAAUCCGCUCAGAGAUCGAGAACGUGAAGAAGCAGGCUUCCAACCUGGAGACGGCCAUUGCUGAUGCUGAGCAGCGGGGAGACAAUGCCCUGAAGGACGCCCGGGCCAAGUUGGACGAGCUGGAGGGUGCCCUGCACCAGGCCAAGGAGGAGCUGGCGCGGAUGCUGCGCGAGUACCAGGAGCUCAUGAGCCUGAAACUGGCCCUGGACAUGGAGAUCGCCACCUACCGCAAGCUGCUGGAGAGCGAGGAGUGCAGGAUGUCAGGAGAAUUUCCCUCCCCUGUCAGCAUCUCCAUCAUCAGCAGCACCAGCGGCGGCAGUGGCUAUGGCUUCCGGCCCAGCACGGUCAGCGGCGGCUACGUGGCCAACAGCAGCGGCUGCAUCUCUGGAGUGUGCAGCGUGAGAGGUGGGGAGGGCAGGAGCCGGGGCACUGCCAGCGAUUACAAAGACACCCUGGGGAAGGGUUCCAGCCUGAGUGCCCCUUCCAAGAAAGCCAGUCGGUAGAGAAGACUGCCUCGGGCCCUGCCUCAUUCCAUGACCUGGCUCUGGAUCCCACACUGUACUUCCCACAGCCCACUCUUAGCUCCAUCUCCACCCUGCUGGUCCUGCUCCCGUACACCUGACACUGGCCUUGGCCACCCACUUCUCCAAGCCUGUGUCUUCCUGAGCCUGGGAAGGCCUGGAUGACCAAACUUGGUGAAAUUCCUCCCUGCACACACCGUAUUCACUCCUUGGCUGUGCGGCUACACCACCAGCUCAGGUCCUGGCUCCCAGCUUUCCUCCUCUGCCCCGCCUCUGGCUCAGUUGCUAACUACUCUGCUGUGCUCCCUGGGCCUCUGCCCAAGGCCCUGCACACACUGAGGCCUAGCGUAGCUCCUGCCUAUGCUAGGAGCUGGUUCUAUGUUCAAGAAAGGGAGGACUGAAGGACAAACAAUCAAGAGUGGCCCAGUCCCCACCCCCACAUCUAGCUCAGUCUCAGAUCUGAGUGGGACCAAGUGCAAUUCAAGGCCUUUUUCUCCACUUACCUGCACCCAGAAGCAGAGAAGAGCAGGACUGUUCACUUUUCCUUUAUUCUUAACGGCCUUCCUCUGUUGCAUCCUCAAUAAACAGCACAAUCU